GACGUCCCAAGAUACCAGAUAGCACUGAGUCCAAUUUGAAACCUAUCCAGUAAAUGUUUAAAUAUCCUAUUCGACCCACAGAACAUCAAUUUACCCGAACAACUUUCCUGUCAAUCCACAUGCAGAGAAAUCUGUACAAACAGUUCCAGGCGGAAAUUGUUGGUCUUUUGAAUACGUCACUCCGUUGAAUAAGGAAGGGGACGUCAUCUUAAACUGCAAGGGUCAACAUGAUUGACUCCCUUGUUCUGGUAGCCUGGCCGGUUGGCGCGUUUGGCCAGUAACCGAAAGUUUGCUGGAUUGAAUCCCGGAGCUGACAAGGUAAAAAUCGGUUGUUCUGCCCCUGGGCAAGGUAGUUAACCCCCAACAAAAACUGCCCCCCAGGAGCCAAUGAUGUGGAUGUCUUCCAACAUAUUUUACAGGGUGUCAGAGUUUAAAUAUGUCGUGGAUAAGGGAAGGUGAAUUGAACCUCAUUGAGAAGCUCUCAGCCAACAUACUGAAGGCUGGCCCGAUGCCCAACCAUGUGGCCUUUAUCAUGGAUGGCAACCGGCGCUACGCCCGCAAGCGUCAGGUGGAGCGCCAGGAGGGACACACACAGGGUUUUGACAAACUGGCAGAGACACUACGCUGGUGCCUGAACCUGAGCAUCCAUGAGGUCACGGUGUAUGCCUUCAGCAUCGAGAACUUCAAGCGGUCUAAAGACGAGGUGGACGGCCUCAUGGAGCUGGCCAAGCAGAAGUUUAUCAGACUGCUAGAAGAACAGGAUAAUCUGGAGAAGCAUGGGGUGUGCAUCCGGGUGUUGGGAGACCUGACACUACUGCCUCUGGACCUGCAGCAGCACAUAGCCCGGGCUGUGGUGGCCACCAGGACUCAUAACAAAUGCUUUCUGAACGUGUGCUUUGCCUACACCUCAAGACAUGAAAUCGCUAAUGCUGUCAGAGAGAUGGCUUGGGGCGUGGAGCAGGGACUUAUCAAAUCCAGUGAUGUGUCGGAGGCCCUGCUGAGUCGGUGUCUGUACAGCAGUAACUCUCCCAAUCCUGACCUGCUCAUUCGCACGUCUGGAGAGGUGCGACUCAGUGACUUCCUGCUGUGGCAGACGUCCCACUCCUGCUUAGUGUUCCAGUCAGUCCUGUGGCCAGAGUACUCCUUCUGGAACCUGUGUGAUGCCAUUCUGCAGUAUCAGCUCAAUCACAGACCUCUUCAGAAAGCCAGAGAUCAACACAGAGAGGGACAGGCCCUACAGCAGCAUGAGGCAGACCGGGCCAGUUUAGCAGACCUCCUACAGCACCACGGCAAUGGAAAGCCCCUGGAUGCCCAGAGGAGACAGGAAGCACUGCUCAACUACACUGCCAGCCGAGAGGAACGGGUUCAGGACUUCCUUGGUGCACUCCAGCACAAGAGAGACUCCUUCCUUACUGACUUAACCAGCCAAGCUGCUCUGGCAUAAAGAGGGGAUGAGAGGAACAUAAUGCUCCCCAUCUUGAAUUGGGGGAGCAAUCCCAUCUCUCUUCCUCUUCCCUAAAGGGCUGAGUGGUUUUAAACUUCUUAUUUUGUAUGAGUGAUUUUACCCCUAUGGGGCUGUAUGUGGGAUAUUUAUGUGUAUAUUCUAAAAGAGAAGUCUGAUCAAAGUCUAAUAAAAAGAGAAGUCUGGUAAAGAGCUAAUAA